AUGGCUGAAAAUGGUGAUUUUACGGACGCUAAAGCGAUUGACGAAGCUAAAUUAAAGCCUGAUGCUUUAUUCGACUCUUUCAUAGCGGCUUCGAAUUUUUUAGAAACUUUAGACGUUUUUUCAAAGCUGUGUGCGAGUGUCAACAUAGAGACGAACGACUACCAAAAUGUUUUCGGACUUUUGAAAGAACGUCUCACGAGCUGGAAAUGUCAAAGUUUAUGGAACAAAUUGGACAAGAGGGCCGAGCUUCUUACCUAUAAAACCCGAGACAAAAAGAAGCCCUGUGCUAAGAAUAAUGUCUUAAUAAUUGGAUGUGGACCUUGUGGCCUUCGCUUCGCGAUAGAGGCUGCUUUACUUGGUGCAAAAGUUGUCGUCUUGGAAAAGCGAAAUAGCUUUUCCCGAAAUAACGUCUUGCAUCUCUGGCCAUUUCUCAUAGUGGACCUGAAAAACUUGGGAGCGAAGAAAUUCUUUGGAAAAUUCUGCGCUGGUACUUUAGAUCACAUCAGUAAGUAUUGAAAAUUUGUUUAAUUAAACUUUACAGUAAAAUAGUCCAGGUUGUUUGAGAAUAGAGAGUAUAGCUAUUGUUUACAUUCGUAUAAAAUUCAGACUAGCAAAUAGCCUAUUGUUUUUAAUAUAAAGGGUUCAUAAAGCUAGUAUAUAAAGCCGCAAUUUUAAAUUUCUCUGCUGGUUUAAAUAAAUGUUUUAGUUUAAUAGCUUUGUGUUAUUAAAACAGCAUGCUUUUGUUUGAAGUUUGAAGUAAAAAUAUUUAUGAAUAGGGUCUAUAUUAGCACGUGAAAUUUGAUACUGUUGUAUUUCAAAUAUGUUGAUGAGUUAACAAUUUUAAUUCAUCUGCUGUAUUGGUUCACAUCUAAUUCAUUUAGUAUCAAUUAGCAGUGAAAUUUAUAUUUUUAAAAUGCAGAGAGUGGCACAGAUUUAUGCUAGGCAAUGGAUGUUCAUUUUGACGACCAUUUGAAAAAAAUAUUCUGUGAUCAUGAUCAAUAGUCAUUUUGCUAAUUGCAUCGGGUAAAUUCUAAGUUUUGUAUGAUUUGUAAAAAUAUUUCGAGGGAAAUGACUCCUUGUUUAACCCGCAAUGCGCCCCAGUGCGCCCUACUUAUUUUUUUACUUGUCUAACUCCAGACGAUUUUACUCGUCAAUGGGGAAGCUCUGCGGAUUAAUGGGUUAACCAAAAAAUCUGACAAUGUCUCUAGUUAAUCUGUUGAGCCACAAUACGCCCCAGAGUGGAUCCAGAGUGUGCCCUACUUAUGGGUUAAUUUAAUACUGAGUCAGUUCCCUUAAACAUUUCUUACAAUUCGUUCAAAACUUAGAAUUUACCUAGUAUGCAAAAUCUGUUAUUACUGAAACUUGAUAGCGUAAACCAUGCUUAAAACAGAUCAUUCUACAGGCAGAUGACGUGUCUCUCGUAUAAAUUGGACCUUUGAGUUCCUUUUCCGUGAGAAAAAAAGUAUUUAAGUCCACUCAGGAAGUUCAUACAUCAGUAAUUAGAAAUUACUUCCUUAGACACAAAAACCACUCGAUAUCAGACAAGUUCCUCUUUAACAUUAUGUUAAGAUUUCUCCUUUUCCACUAUGGUAACUCCUUCUGGAAAUAUCUUUCCAAUGUACAUUCACUAGUAUUAUAACUAUGGUACCUGUGCACAAGCUAGGGAUUGCUGCGUGCAUUGAAAGCAAAUAGAACUACAGUAAAUGGCACAAAUUAUAUCAAGCACAGUUAUUACUCGCAGCGACUAGUGAGCUUUGAGCUUAAGGCCUUAAGCCAGUAAGCAAUCGAUUCUUACCAUGAGUAUCCACUGAGAAAAAGCAAUAUAUAUGUUAAUUAAAAGUAGCCAACCAGGGGUUAAAGGGCAAUCACAGGUGACAGAUAUUAAACAUAUGCGUCCCAUUGACAUACAAGUAAAUUAAUUCACAGUUUAUAGUCUUAGUCUAUAAACUGUGAUUAAUUAUAUAACACAAGUUUUUGCUAUCAGAUUUCAUAUCAAGUCUGUAUGCUGCUGGGCACAUUUGCCACAUUAUAUUCACAGAUUUGUUACACUAAGAAACAAACUAAUAAUAUAGAACUGACAGUGGCCAACACCACAGAAAAAUAGCUUACUGCGCAUUCCCGAUCGCGCAUGACCACAAUGCACUGCGCUAGAAUGUUUUGAGAUAAAAGAUAUAACCAAAAUCCCCAUCUACACAAAUUAGAUCUGUUGUGUCGCUUGCUUCAGGCUUGCUGCUUGCUUCCACAGCAAUAACUUUAGAACACAUUGUGGCAUAUUUUGCAGGCUAAAAUCAGGCUUGCAAAUUAUUUUUCUUGCAAGGACAAAAUUGGACAUUAAGUAAAAAAAUUCAAUUCAUCUAAAACUGAGUUAAUUAUAUCUACCAGUCCUAUUUAUGCACCAGACAGACAGUAAAUUAUGGUUCAGGUUAUAAAUGACUUCUAACAUGUUAUACUAUAUGAAGACGAUUUGUAUUGGUCAUUAAAUCUUACGGUUUAAUGCAGUGAGAAAUGGUGGGGAAGUGUUGUUUAAACAUGCUUUUGUUUCAGUAAUAAAAGAUGUGUUAAAAAUCCAUUUUUGAGAUUGCAUAAUUUUCGUGAGCCUAAAUCAGUCGGUCACAUGUCUGUCAUAAAAAGCUUUGAUUGGACAACAGUUAAAAUUUGGCCAGACAUUGUUUGAUGACCAACACUAAUUUGCUGGCCUGAUCGUGAACAAAUUAGCAGGCUAAAUUAAAAUACAUUUUACCCCACUGAAUUUUAAAUUGUCUGCCGGCAGUGGUUUUUAGCAAUGUUUUGAGCUGGCUCUGGGCAAGUUUUUUAAAACUUUUACCAACAAAAUGGCUGUAAAAAUACAAAAAGAGAUCUAUUUUCAAAAAUUAAAUAAGCUAGAAUCCGCUCCUGAAAGCGAGGAAAAACAAGAAUUAUUUAUGUGGCAGAAACUAUAUUCACUGAUUGUACCAAACAUCUAUCAAUUCAUAAAUUGAAAAUACCAGUGUAGGUAGUAUUCUACAAUAAGCUACCAUGGUUUGUGUCUGAACUACCUGAAAAAGAUAUCUCAAAUGUGGUGGUUCAGUGUAGGUAGUAUUCUACAAUAAGCUGUUGUGGUUUGUGUCUGAACUACAUGAAAAAGAAACCUCAAAUGUUGUGGUCCAGUGUAGGUUGUGUUCUACAAUGAGUUUAUACCGUGGUUUGUGUCUGAACUACCUGUAGUCUCAAAUGUAGUGGUCCAGUGUAGGUAGUAUUCCACAAUAAGUUGCCAUGGUUUGUGUCUGAACUACCUAAAAAAGAUAUUUCAGACAUGGUGGUCCAGUGUAGGUAGUAUUCUACAAUGAGUUUAUACUGUGGUUUGUGUCUGAACUACCUGAAAAAAUCCGACAUUUCGAAUGAAAAUCCUUCAAGUAUAAUUUUUGAUAUAUGUAAUAUUUGGGUCAUUCUAAGAAGAAAUGUAAUUUAUCUUUAUAGUAGAAAACCUCAUUUUGAUCAACUUUUUCACUGUCAGAGUUUCCGGAUAUGAUUUCAUUAGGUGAAUUUUUGGCACAAAAAACAAAGGAAAACUAAUUUGCAAUGGACCUUUCCCCUUCUAACUAAAAUUUCGAUCUAGACAAAAAUUUCAUCACAGCUUGAAAGAGCAUCACAAAAUUAGUAAUAUUCCAAUGUUUUGUUGCAAAAUCUUGUAAAAUGCGGAUAAUAUAUAGCCUUGCGAAGUUUGCAAUUUUCAGUCAUUUUGCAUUACAAACGGGAAAUUGACAUCCGAUUCGGGUGUUGGGGCUGCAAUUUCCCGUUUGUAAUGCAAAAUGACUGAAAAUUGCAAACUUCGCAAGGCUCUAUUUUCCUCAUUUUACAACAUUUCGCAACGAAAUUUUGGAAUAUUACUAAUUUUGUGAUGCUCUUUCAAACUGUGAUGAAAUAUUUGUCUACACUUGCCUAGAUCAAAAUUUUGGUUAUAAGGGGAAAGGUCUAUUCACCUAAUGACAUCAUAUCCGCAAACUUUGACAGUGAAAAGUUGAUCAAGAUGGGAUUUUUUAUUAUAAAGAUUUGUUACAUUUCGAAAAAGAUAUCUCAAACGUCAUGGUGGUCCAGUUACGAAGAAUUAAGGUUUUCAUGUAUGUUGUCUUGGAUAUUUCUUCUAUAAGCCACUUAAUGAAGCGUACUAUUCAAUAUUUGUUACUUGUAAACUAAUACAAAAAAACCCAAUAAAUUAAACACAAAAAAUUGAACGUACUUUUGUUAGCUAACAUGUGUAACAAAUAAACAGCGCAUGCAAAGUUUUAAUUAUGCUCUUUAUUGGGAUGCCAUGCCUUAUGUGGUUAUUAAAUCAUAUCUGGCAUGUCCGGUUAUUAAAUCAUAUCUGGCAUGUCCGAUGUCCAUUUUAUCCGGUAUCCGGCCAGAUAGCAAAAAGCACUAUCCGCGGUGCACCCCUAUAGUCCAGUGUAGGUAGCAUUCUACAAUAAGUUGCUGUGCUUUGUGUCUGAACUACCUAUAAAAAAAAAUUUAAAACCUUUCACAUCACAAAGACACAAGUGAAGAUUCUUCGUUAGAAAGUUAAUAGGCACUUGUGACUUUCUGAAACAUGUGUUCAUAUUUUAGGCAUCCGUCGACUCCAACUUAUUCUCCUGAAAGUUUCGUUAAUUCUUGGUGUGCAAGUUUAUGCAGAAUGUCUGUUUGUGAAGCUGAGAGAGCCAUCAGAAGGUUGGUUGAUAUUAUUCUAUAAAAUUGGGUCAUUCCAGAAAACAUCCACUAAAGCCUGGUUCACAUAAAAUCGUUAAGCAGUCGCAGACAUGUGCCGAAUUUUUAUUUGAACAUAAAUGCAGAUUCGCGCAGACUGUCUGAGACCGGAUCGGCGACGGAUCGGGAAAGUUGAACUUGAUUCAACUUUCCCGAUCCGUCGCAGAUCGUUCAUAUAAAAAUUCGGCACAUGUCUGCGACUGCUUAACGAUUUUAUGUGAACCAGGCUUAACACCCAAUGACGAAAGAGACGUGGAUCUUUUCUUCUUAUUUAGGGGAUGCAGACAUAUACCGGGUGUCCCCCAAAAAAGUGGAUACUGUUUGAUUUCAUGUAACGCAAAGGCUAUAAAAGCUAUCGCAAUGAAAUAAAGAUCAUUGCUUUCAGAAAGGACUAACUUAGAUUUUGAUAUAUAGAACUUGAAUUUACAUCCAAUAUUGACUGCGCUAUUGAUGUUUGAACGUUGAACUACUGUUUUUGAAAAUGCCCAAAAAUUAGCUUAAAACAACCUUAUAAUUAUCGUGCUAUUCAGUUAAAGCGUUUUUGAGAAAGUGAUAUCAAAGCAAAGCAAAGUGAAGCUAAGAAAGCGCAAUCAAUUUACUCUUUCAAAAACUUUGUAAAACAAUUUCAUUGUUAGGUAGAAACAACCAUAUAUCUUAAUAUACGACCGGGUCACACCAAUUUAAUUUAAUUUCCUGUUAUAUGUAAAUCCCUUGUAAAUAGCUAUAUAUUUAUAUUUUUCUUUCUUUGUAAAUAUUUUUUAUGCUAGUGGUGCUCCUUGUGGAAGUUAACUAUUGCUGUUGACAAGGCUAGCGUCGUUAAAUAAAGUUUUACAUGCAUGCAUACAAAAUUUCAUUUCAGACCGAGGGUGGACGGCGGAAGUCAAGCCAGAAAACCAUGUGGUCAGCAAGUUUCAGUUCGACGUUAUUAUCGGCACAGACGGACGCAGACACACAUUGAAAGGCUUCAAAAGGAAGGAAUUUCGUGGCAAACUCGCGAUCGCCAUUACAAUGAACUUUAUUAAUCGCAACACGAAGGCCGACGCGAGGGUAGAAGAAAUCAGCGGCGUAGCGUACAUUUUUAAUCAGGGCUUCUUUCAAGAUCUCAAGGAAGCCACAGGGAUUGAUUUGGAGAAUAUUGUUUAUUACAAAGACGAGACACACUAUUUUGUUAUGACGGCCAAAAAGAAGAGUUUACUUCUGAAAGGUGUUUUGAAGAAGGUAUUAGCUGAUUUUUUAGUACAGAUAGAUUGUCCGUCAAAAAGGCAUUGAUGAUGCAUCCGAGGGCGGAUCUAGCCUCAUCUGCAAGGAGGGAUGCAAGUUUUCCAUUGGGUGGUGCAUGAGGGAGCCUUACUCUGCAACGCUACUAUCCCAACAUUACCAUUAUUUGAGAUGGCCGAAUCUGCAUGUUCACUGUUCUGUUACGUUUUACAUUAUCUCUUGUUUAUAAAGUUUAUAUCAGCUUUUUAUCACGUAUGCGUGACUGGACAGUUGGCGUAGCUAGGACAGUAAAUUUGCUUGUUAAAGUAUACAGUAUAUUUGAAAGUAUGGCUGUAUAACAACAUCGACAUGUUUACAUAUUUAAAGGUGAUGUAAAGUCCGUAAUGUAAACAAACGCUUUUUUACAUUUUGAACUCAGUGCUACGGUUGUAAAAUAUGAUUAGAUAUAUAUUAUACAGGGACCGGUUGUAUAAAACUCGAAAUCACUUUUUUAAUCACUAUUUUGUAGUUAAAUAGUGAUUAACUUUCAAAUACGCGCUUCUUAUUGGAUGGCGUUUCCACUAGCUAUAGUUAAGUUAAUCACUUUUUUAUACAACCGUCCCCUGAAUUUUUAACACUCAUCUGGUUCGCUAUAUGCUUGUAAAUGAAUACAGACUAAAGAUUCAAUUCAAGAAAGUUCGGAAGGUGCGAAAUAUUAACAACAUUCCAAUGGUAACACCGCGGAAAAACGUCUGCGCAUGCGUCAAGCUUACCUGUAAUAGUAUUACGAACUUGAUGAGAAGCUGUUCCGAGAACGUUUCCGAAAGCUCAAAAUGGCGGUAAAAAGGAGUGACUUCAUUGUGCGUCUUUACAGCCAGAUUUCGAGCGCAAAAAUAAACAUGUCAUUCUAAAAACUAGGAAUAAAUACAGUCAGAAGGUUCAAGAAAUUGUAUUGUACAAGAACAUGAACUAAAGGUGAUUGUUGACAAAUUUAUCGUCUGAAACAUUUUGUUUAUCAACUAAGCAAUGACAAUUUCCGAAUUUUCGUUUGAGAUACAUUUCUUUAAAAAAAACUGUGUCGCCAAAUAUAAAAAAAAUUCGUGUUCACAAUAAUUAAACUUUAGGAUUUAUUCUACAAUUUGAGUGGGUUAAGAAGCUCAACUUUUCGAGAGUUUUCUUAACUUUUGAGUUUGAAUUUUUGUUUUGAAUAAUUUUGCAAAAAUUUUCGAAGUCGUGUCCGUUAAAAUCAACAAUUUUUUACAUGAAUUAUAUUUUAUUCCAUACUUUAAAUGCCAGGACGCUUUCAAUUAAUGUCUAGUCUACCCAUUUGCUAUAUUUUCUCGUUUGUUUUACUAAUUUUUGACCAAUUAAUAAGCAUGUUUUUGUUUUAGAAAUUGAUAUUCAAAUUCCCCGCCAUAUUUUCAUAAUUUGGUGCAUGCGCAGACGUUUUUCCGCGGUGUUUCCAAUGGUCGGGUCGCGACCAUUGGAAUGUUGGCGUGCGCAGAACGUAUGCGCAGAAUGGACUUUACAUCACCUUUAAUUAACCAUGAUCUAUAAUAGCUUUCUGAGUAUUUUCUCUGACAUGAGCUCACAGAUCAAUUACAGCCUCGUACACAGGCGUAAAUAACGUACUAAAAUAGCAACACUACAGUGUUUUUAUAUAGAUCAGAGGCCAAGAUGAGCGAGCGCGCGGGGGUGCUUCGUUUCCCGCGUCUUCCCCAAGCACCCCCGCUCGCUCAUCUUAGCCACUGAUCUAUAUAAAAACACUGUAGUGUUGCUAUUUUUAGAACGUUAUUUGCGCAACAUCGCUAUUCGACAACUGAGAAAAUGUAUGGUCAAGCAGAUGUUUUUGGGGGUGGUCCUGCAAUUCUCUAGGGGAUACUAGACACCACUAGGGAGGACCCAUGGUAGGUCCUCCCUGAUUGCUGUUCUGUCUGUUUUCUGUAUUCAUACACAGAUGAAUUUCAGAUGAACUAUUUUCUCUUUGCCCAGGAAGUAACUCCUACUGAUUAUUCUAACUUUUGUAGGAUUUAUCAGAUCCCAGAGACCUGUUAGCUCAGCAGAAUGUCAACCGUGAUAAUCUACUCAACUACGCACGAGAGGCAGCCGACUUUUGUACAUCAAAACAACUCCCUCAUCUUGACUUUGCUGUUAACCCUCAGAACAAUGAAGAUAUUGCGAUGUUUGACUUCACGUCCAUGUACGCCGCCGAGAAUGCUGCCAUGAUCUUCGAGAUGAAGGGACAUCGAUUGUUGACGUGUCUGGCCGGCGACAGUUUGAUGGAGGUGUGUACUGGUGGGUUUCCGUAGUAGCUAUAGACGGCUGGCCAAAACCUGAAGAUGUGAAACAAAAUUUGUUUGAUGACAUUUUCUGUUAUACAAGCUGCCAUCUGACAUUUUCAUAGAGUAUACCGUAUUUACUCGAUUGAGCGCCGCAUCUGAAGCUCUGAAAAUUUAAAGAGCGCCGCGGCGCUCACACGAGUAAAUACCGUAUGCAUUAACGAAAAGACUAGAUAUGUUGGCAACUCUGAUUUGGGCUUUAUAGUAAUAUAUUCUCACUGCUCGGCGUGCUCGCUUUCCCCAACAAUACCUUUGACGGAGGGAAUUCAGAUUGGGGAUAAAUAAGUUUCAGCCAAAGGUAGAGUGCGGCGAAGCUAGGUCCGGAAGUGUCGCAGCCGAGUGGAGGUGGGUUGGUCCCAAAAAAUUUCAGCGCCGUCCUUCCUUUUCGGUGGAAAAUCCGCAAAUGCUCAAAAGAUACCGAUUCUGUGCUACUUUUAUACAGUCUGACAAUCACGUGGUGUAUAUGGAUGACUAACUGAUCAUUUCAUGCAUAUAAAUAUUCAAAGUACAGUAUAGUUACGUCGCAAACCCAACAGGGUGUCCCAAAAAACCCGAAAACUAUUGAAAUCACCAAUAACAAUUUAAUUGUUAGAAUUUGGAUACCUUAGCGCUCUGUUGGUUCCAACCAGUUCAUAAAUGAUUGACAUAAGUAAAUUUUAUGCAUAAAGAAACUAUUUAAGAAGCUGCUUUAAAUUCCCAAGAGCAGAAAAUCGCGCACUUUACAAGGAGUUGUUCUUAACUAAAUUUCAAUGUCAAUAUUUUACGCAUCAUUACGUUCAGCUUUUUGGUAGGGCAUUCAAUUUUAACAGUAAAUGAUUCAGUUCAAUAGUUUUCGGGUUUUUUUUGGGACACCCUGUACAGGGUGUAUAAAAAAAAAGCGCAACCUCGGAAUUUCCCAAGAAAUCGACAUUGUUUUAAAGACAAAAGAUUUUAGGCGCCUGGGAAUUUAAAAUAGCAUAACUGUCAAAUUUACUGCACACGCGAGUGCAUAAAGCAAAAUUUAUACACAACAACAGUAAUAUGAUCUAUUAGCAAUUCGAUUUCAAUUCCCAGGGGCCUAAAAUCUUUUAUGCUUAAGAAUUGCAAAGUGAUUUCUUAGGAAAUUCCGAGGUUGCGUUUUUUUUUAUACACCCUGUAGAGCGCGCUAUAAAACCACGAGUGGAACUAAAGCAUUCGCAAAUGUAUAGGCCUACAAAUGCCUAACUGAAAACAGCUGAUGCGAAGAUAACACAAGACAAAUGCUCAAAAAGCGUUAAAGCACAUACCGUUUUUCGCGUCACGCAAAUGAAAACAAUACGUAAACCGGCACAGUUAAAGCAAACGUAAUCGCUCCACCAAGAGUAAUACUGUAGAAGAAAAACAAUUAUACAGUGUUUCAAUAGAACAAAACAAAUUGUACAGUCAAAUGCAAAUCCAACAUAACACCGCAUGGUAUAAUCCAUUGAAUACAAUGGACAAGCUAUAAUUGCUGCGAACAAUUUAGCGACCCGCAAAAACAAAAAACUUGCUAUACUUAUGGGACAUGUACGAACAACUCAGUGAAACAGCUAGAACAAUACAAGCAGCAUUAAAAUAAAAUUAGAAGUGAUCUCGUUUGUAAAUAAGACAUGUUGUGCGUUGCGUAACAUUAACGCAAAGCAGUGGAUAACAAAGAAAUCACUUGACUAGCGUGAAUUUUAACUUCAAAUGUCCACACUGGCACUCGCCCGGAUGCACACUGCAGAUAUUGCACGCCACGCAAAUGUAGGGCAAAACUGAGAUAUGGACCUCUGCACCAAAAAUAAUAAGUGCCAAACUAAAGAAUUUUUGUUUUACAAUAAAGCAAAAGAACUACGAAAACCACGAGAUAGAGGACAGAACAUGCACAGCCGAGAGGAAAAUAGAACACAGGUCUGCAAAAAAAACACAAAGCAUGCACAUUGUAGGCCAAGUAUACACUUGGUCUUUGGAGGAUUGUGAGUAAAAGCAGUUACUAACGCACUACGGUGUGGCAUUUAAAACAACUAUGAACACAUGAGAAUAACCAACACUCGUACUAUGGACCCAAAAGCUUAAUCUAAUACAUUUAAAACGCAUAUAUCCAGUCACACGCCGAAGUACACGUUUCCAGAACGCAUCUGCAAAAACACGUCGUAGACAUGUGUAGGGUUUUGAUUAGUGUACCCACCUUGCCAGACCGCACAUUAGGAAACGCUGAAACCCCGCGAGAGAACAAAAUAUAUGCCAUGCAUGGACAACGUUAGGGUUUGGUGCAUUUGAACUCGCUAAAAUGCCGUAUUAAUACGGACCGUUUAAAUAGAAACGAACGAGUAAAAUACAACUAAGUGCCAGUGAGCCAGUGAAACUCGACAAGUAAUACAAUAGGUAUGACUUAAAAACCUCUACCUAAGAAAAUGUGUGGGAAAUACGAACACAUGCAUGAAGAUGCGGAAAAGUACAGGUGGAACCUUAACAAUUAGACUAUUAUAGAGCCUUAUCUGCUGGCAAAAUUUGCGGUGGUCGCAAGGCGAUGUGUAAUAUAAAUGCCGUUGUAACAAAUUGUACGUGAUACCAAAGAAAAACUGAAUAGGUUCGAAACUCGCGGGGAAGACCCACUUAAAUUCGGUAGACAACAAACCGAUACCUGAUUCCAAGUACAGCCGGUUGAGGAGGAUUAAUUCCACACAUCAUGCUCGACAUACCAAGUCCAAGACAAAUAAAAUUGUAUGAUGGGCAUUAUCAUUCUUCUCUGUAAGCAUGGCAUUUCGUAAAAUUCCCAAGGCCGGGCUCGGCUGCGACACGUGUGACUUGAAUGACCAAAACAUUUCAGCGCCGUCCUUCGUUUUCGGUGGCAAAUCCGCAAAUGCUCAAACGAUACCGAUUCUGUGCUACUUUUAUACAGUCUGACAAUCACGUGGUGUAUAUGGAUAACUAACUGAUCAUCUCAUGCAUAAAUAUUCAAAGUAUAUGGUAUUGUUGAUGAAAACUUUGAGGGGAGGCCCUCAAAAUCCGGCCAUGAUUCUAAUUAUUACAACAAUAGAUCACUGACCAACCAAGUGCUCAGAUUGCUUCGCCGAAUUUUCUUUGUUGACCCAUAUAGACGAGCAAAAUUUGUACUUUGACAAUUUUUUCUGUGACAAGGGCACUUGUUCAAAAGCUAGCUUACUAGCUCGCAUACUAGCUUUUGAAUAAAUGUACUUCUCAUAGUAAAAAUUGGCAAAGUUGUCUGUAUCAAAUGUCCAAAACUUGUCAUAUGAAAAAUGAUCAUAGAAAACUUGUUCGUCACCAAACAAUUUUACUCGUUAAGGGAAGUGCGCUGGCGCUCAAUGGUAAAACAUAUGCGUUUACGGCCGCUCGUCGGGAGAUGAAUUCAAUUUUUUUAUAAAUUAUCGUUCAAUCUUCUCUUUCAGCCAUUUUGGCCGACUGGGUCAGGUUGCGCCAGAGGCUUUCUGUCCGUAUUUGACGCGGCCUGGAUGAUGAGAGGCUGGGGUCUAGGGCAGCGUCCUAUUGAUUUAAUCAUGGAACGCGAAGGCGUCUACAAACUAUUGGCUCAGACGACCUCCGACAACGUAUCGAAGAACUACGAUGGCUACACGAUCGACCCGAAGUCGCGCUAUCCCCCUGCGAGUGUGAGGAAGGCACUAAAAGACGCCGUGAAACAUUUGUACAAAGUUGUUCAGAAUUCCUUGGAGGAAAGUUUAGUUGAGGAAAUACAACCUGAUAACAUGGAAACACAGCAGCCUGUGAAUUUGAAAAAUAAAGGUAGGUUAUGGAAGUGUGGUGUUAGCAUUGUGGUUAUAGUACCAACCUCCUUGUGUCCAAGAUCUUCCCACUUGGAGAGGAAACACCCUGACUACGAUGUUGGGUUAAGGGCCGGUCAUUGUUUAUGGCGGGGGAUUAGCACCGAAGAAAAAUGUUUUUGUUGGUAAAAUUUCCGCUGAUCAAACCAUUAAAAAGUCAACAAAUUUUCUAACCAACCCCAAAUAUCAAUUAAAAUAAAUACCCAACCCUGGCCACAAACUUUACAAAAGGAUAUCAUUCAGUUGUGAGUUUGAUAACUGCUUGUGCAAUUUUCUGCAGUCUAAAGUUUCAUGUUGUCUGCACAUGUAAUUUCUUUGGAGACACCAUUUGCCUCCUGACAAAUUGGAAAAUGGUGAAGAUAGUGACUCUGAUUGAUUUACAUAUUGUAUUGAUAUAUGACUGUUGACAUUGCUUUUUACUCUUCAAUAUUUGAGUGAGCCAUGCUUUUGAAAUGACAAUGAAUUUUUAUUACCCAUCCCUUAACUUGAGUUGUUUUCAACAUGUAUGCCAAAAGGGUUUCGGUGUCCGGUUAAGGCUCUAAGUUAUGAGAAUCUUUCAGAACAUGGGUCACUUAAUGAAAUGAAUAAAGAGUCCCGAGUUGUACCACUGACUGGCAUUAUUCUAAGAUAAUCAAUUAAUCAUGUCCAUUAGCCUUGUUGUUUAAUGUACAGUUAUAACUACCAAUUCUGAUUGUUUAACAUAUUUUAUCAGUAGAGCUGUAAGGAAUCCGACACAGAACAAAACAGAUUGUACAAAAUGCGUAUGUUGUGGCAUCAUUGGCAAGCAUUGUACAGAAUCAUAUAUUGCUUGCUAUAUUGCUAACUUUAGCUUCAGUUUUAUUUAAUAGUCAUUAUUUAAUAUGACAAUUACGCUAUAUUGGUGUGAAGUGGAUGCUUGCCACUUUCUCCUAAACAAUUAAUGCUUGUGAAUUCUGAUAUUUGGUACCAGAUUUAUUGGUCUUUAAAAAUUAUUGCCCCCCCCCCCCUAGAGUCCGUCACUGCCUGGCUUCUCGCCCAGCUCCCUGCCCUUCUAAAAAAACCUUUCUGGAUCACCACUGCUGUGCAGUGUCAGAAUAAUACGACACUAGUUAAACCCACUUAUCAUGACCAUGUUUUGUUUCAGUGAGUCCUGAUCUGUUGCUCUCGUGGUGUCAAAAACAUACCAAAGGCUACAAAAAUGUCAACAUCAGGGAUAUGUCCGCGUCUUGGAAAAAUGGACUAGGAUUUUGCGCUCUUAUUCACAAGUUCAGACCUGACUUGGUGUAAGUUGCUGUAUAUUUCUCAACGCCUUGGACUGUUUUCUCUUUUGUAAAUCUGAAAUAUUUCACCACAUCAUGCGAACAGUAUAUUUAAUCACAUCAUGCGAACAUUUUCAACGCAUCAAUUCUAGAACAAUAUCCUGACGAGAAAACUAACUCCACUCCAACCUGUAUGCUACCAGAAUUCAUAUUCAAUAACUCUUAAGAUAUUAUACACAGAUCUGAUCGUUGGUCCCUAUUGCUUUUUAAAGAAUCACUUGCCAUUCGAGGUUUUCAACCUGAACUCAAUCACGGAACUAAGGCGUCAAUUCUUCCUCAUAAUGUUUAACUAAUUCUGCUUCUGUUCAUAUAAUCUCUUCUAUAUGUUUGUGUAUGUCGAAUUACGUUAAUCGUCACCUAUAAAUAUCGUUGUAAUGUGACCUAGCACCAUUCCCGAUGUUGACUACAAUAUGUAAAGCAUAUAGUCGAAAGCUAGAACUAUAUAUUAAAUAUUAAGAAUGUUCCUUUUCGGAGUUGCCGUUGUUUUGUAUUUUGUAAAAAUACUCAGUGGUUUUCCGUAUUCUUUUCUAUAUUUGAAGUGAUUUUGAGCGACUCAACGAAGAUGACGUCGAGCAAAAUAAUGAAUUGGUAAGAACAUUUUUUUUCAAGGGAUUACAGUAUAAGCCUGGAUUGAAGGACAGGGCUGCAAAUUACUGUCGGUCCGAUCACAAACAAAAUUGUCACAUUAUACAUUUUUUUGCUGUGACAAAAUCCGAUUGCAAAUUCACCAAUUUGCAUUUUGCAAUAAAAUUUGCGAGGCAUUCUAGCAUUUUACUUAACGUUGCGCCGGAAUGGCUAUACAUACUUGUCUCGUGACUUGUAUAUAUAUCUUGUGACGUAUACCAUAUAUGUCCGACCACAUUUAGUGGUGUUGGUUUUUGUCCGACCAAAUUCAAGCUAUGUCCGACCAAAAUUGGAAGUGAUCGGACAGAUGUCUUGUCAAGUCAAGUAUUUAUUUGCAGCCCUGGAAGGAGGAUGAGUAUGCAUAAGAAUUGGCUGUCACGCGACCUCAGCUGGUUAGCUUGCUUGCAUGACGAGCGAAAGGCUAAUUGGUUGAUUAAAACAUGUUGGUUUUAAAAAUCUAUCGAAAAUACAAUACGCACGUAGCAAGGAAGGACAUGUUUUUAAAUAUAGGGGGUCGGGGCGGGUGGGCACCCCACCUACUAGUGUCCAGCACCCCCUAGAGAAGUCCAGCACCACCCUAAAAAAUCUGCUUGCCCAUACAUUUCUGCUUUUCGAAUAGCGAUUAGCAGAACUUCUACUGUUUAGCGCAUGUUAAUUUCUUGAAACGAUUUAAUUGAUUUGUGAGCUCAAAAGAAAAUACUCACAAUGCAUUAGUUAAUAAGGGUAAUAUUGGGAUAGUAGCGUCGCAGACUGCAGAGGAGAGUGGCAAUAAGGCUCCCUCAUGCACCAUCCCAUGGAAAACCUGGACCCCUCCUUACAGACGAGACUAGAUCCGCCCCCCCCCCCCCAAAUAUACCGAGGCUAACCCCAUACGUGAGUCAUAUUGUCCAGCGAGUAUCUUCACCGUAUCUGUGAUAUAUACAAAUUCUCAAGUUGCAAUUCACUUCAUAUAUUUUGCAGGCAUUCAGUGUAGCGGAAAACGAGCUUGGCAUACCUCCCCAGAUUUCUGCCGUAGAGAUGGCAAAUAACCAAAGGACUGACAUGUUGACUAUAGUCACCUAUCUAGCUCAGUAUUAUGACGCUUUUAAAGAUGAAAAACCCGGUGAGUGAACUGGUUUAAUUUUAAAUUGGGAUGCAGGUAGCACAGCUAGCAUAGGUUUUGUCUGGGUACUCCAGUUUCCUCCCACUAGGAAGAACAUUUUAGAACUAAUGGAGCUAUCCAGUAUAAAUAAAGUUAGUUUAGUUUAGGUUUUCUCCUGUAGUAACACUGGAUCAAUAAGAGAUGACCCUUACUGGAUAUCUAGGAAGAACAGUUUAGAACUGAGAUAGCUAUCCAGUAUAAAUAAAGUUAGUUUGGUUUAGGUUUCCUCCUGUAGUAACACUGGAUCAAUAAGAGAUGAUCCUUACUGAAUAUCUAGGAAGAACAGUUUAGAACUGAUAAAGCUAUCCAGUAUAAAUAAAGUUAGUUUAGUUUAGGUUUCCUCUUGUAGUAACACUGGAUUAAUAAGAGAUGAUCCUUACUGGAUCUCUGGGAAGAACAGUUUAGAACUAAUGGAGCUAUCCAGUAUAAAUAAAGUUAGUUUAGUUUAGGUUUCCUCUUGUAGUAACACUGGAUCAAUAAGAGAUGAUCCUUACUGGAUCUCUAGGAAGAACAGUUUAGAACUGAUAGAGCUACCCAGUAUAAAUAAAGUUAGUUUAGUUUAGGUUUCCUCCUGUAGUAACACUGGAUCAAUAAGAGAUGAUCCUUACUGGACCUCUGGGAAGAACAGUUUAGAACUGAGAUAGCUAUCCAGUAUAAAUAAAGUUAGUUUAGUUUAGGUUUCCUCCUGUAGUAACACUGGAUCAAUAAGAGAUGAUCCUUACUGGACCUCUAGGAAGAACAGUUUAGAACUGAUAGAGCUAUCCAGUAUAAAUAAAGUUAGUUUAGUUUAGGUUUCCUCCUGUAGUAACACUGGAUCAAUAAGAGAUGAUCCUUACUGGACCCCUAGGAAGAACAGUUUAGAACUGACAGAACUAUCCAGUAUAAAUAAAGUUAGUUUAAUUUAGGUUUCCUCCUGUAGUAACGCUGGAUCAAUAAGAGAUGACUUGGACCUCCAGAGAAUUAGCCUUAUAAUGAUUAUACUCACAAUUAUAGUUAUACAAAUCCCUUAUUCACUGCGUACAAUCUCAGAUUUGGAAAAGGCAGUACCCCAAAAAUGGCGGCGUAAGAAAGGCUAAUUGAUGUCGACUAUGUUUUUUAAAAAUUUUCAGCUACGCCCCGUCACAGCGUGUCCAGCGAUGAAGUGACAUCUCCUGACAAUAAACACAGAUCACCGUUGUCCAAACUGUCUGUGAUCUCAAGAAUAAGCAUGAGAACUAAAAAGGUUAGUGAACAGAAGUAUAGAACAACAAAAGGAGCGUGAGAUAGUGUGGGAUUUACAGUUUAGAGUAGCCCUGUAUAGCAGAUGGGGCCAACAUCUGAAGUGUUGACAGGGAACAAGAAAAUUAAACGACAUCUUUCAAUUCUAUUUAUUUGCAACCUUAUUAUUAGCAUGACAAAAUUACUGGAUGCUGAUUGGUUGAGAGGAGUACAAUUAUUUCAUUAAUUGUACUGCAGUACAAUAGACCUUAUGCAUAAUGACGUCACAAGGCUUGAUGCCCGCGAGGAAUGCUGGUCUUAGUAGUCAUCGCCCUGGAAAAUUUCGAUAGUGGCCAUUUUGAAUUGUCUAAUUUUCCCGGGCGAUGACUACUAAGACCAGCAUUCCUCGUGGGCAUCAAGCCUUGUGACGUCAUUAUGCAUAAGGUCUAUUAAUGAUUUUCCCAAAACAAACAAAAUGGCGGAAAGGUAUUUUAAACGCAAAUGUGAAAUGAAAUUGCCCUUGAGGAACUACAUUAGAUGAAAAUACGAACAAAAGCACCAAAUUUUGCUUUAAAUACGAACAAAAGCACCAGAUUUUGGUUGAAAGUCUGGCAGGACUGGGCUUUGGCGAGAGAAUAUGAUGUUGACAUUGAGAAGUAUCCAAUUUUGUCAUGCUAAUAAUAAACAAGUAAUCAUGCGAUGUUGCUCGUACAAUUAGGGAUUAAUAGUAUACUCGUGAUGUUUUGAAAUUUGCCAAAUUGGACUCGCCCCAGCGGCUCGUCCAAUUUUGCCAAAAUUUCCAAACAUCAUUCGUAUUAUUAAUCCUUAAUUGUACUCGCCAUCGCAUGAUUAACUAUACAAAUACUGGCCUCCUCCGCAGGCAACUCUUUAGCAAAAAUUAUGAAGGGGGCCUGGGGCGGCAGUCACCCCCCCCCCCCUACCGGGAGGUUGAAACCUGUGCCAACUUUAGUGUAGUUGAGAUGCAAUGUGUUAAAGCAGGAGCACUAAGGGACAUUAUAAACUGGUUAAAGACGGCAAAUGCGUUGUUUUUCUUUUGUUGUGAAAUGAAUUCCAGCCAUUUUUUACUUAAUUUUUGGGUUUUCAACUGAGAACUAAUUUGCACACGUCCUGAGUUUAACUCAAACACUUCAUUUUACUGCACAGAAUCUUUGGAUGAGAAGAUUGAGUUUCAAAACUCAAUUCAAGAUUGGGGCCGUCUUGCGGCCCUAAAAAAUCCCUGUAAAAAACCGUGAAAUAGGUACGCUUGGCGUGCAUGUAUCGGCGGGAAAGCUGUAUAGUGAAAGCCAGCUGUAGAGUGAUAGGAAAGGUGAAAGCAGAGAAUACUAAAUACUAUGUAUGUUAUUUUAGUCUGUGAGUCCAGAGCGCCACGUCAGUAGGGAGUCACGAGUGCAGACUAUGACACGAAAGUUGAAAGAGCGACAAAAUUAUGAACGCCCCGUUUCACGAAUACACACCCUGAAAUACCGACGCACAUAUAGCACGAACGACUUAAGGGAGAGGAGAGAUCGUUUUGCACAUGACAGAAAUGACAUGACGAAGAGGAAGGGACGUAGUGCUAUAGACGAUUUAAAGGGCAACAGAGACCGCACUGCGCAUGACAGAACUACUCACAGACUAACAGAGGGACUGGGUGUGGUUGACUUACCGAAACGGACCAUAUCACAUGUUGUGACCAGACUUGUUGCAAGGUCGUUACUGAUCGGUUUCUGGUGGUUGCUACUGUUGUUGUGGUGGAUAGUAACCUUGUUACCACGUUGUGUUGUUUUUGUUUUCAUCAAGGAGAAACGGAAACACAAGGAAGAAACCCCAGCUGACAAAUCCAGCAAGAAGUAUAAAGUGUCUGAAGAAAAUAAGGUAAACGGAGGAAUAUAUCAGCAUCCCACUCCUAAAUAUAUCGGCAUAAGAUCUAAACACGUGAAUCCCUGAUAAUCACACGUACAAUCUUGGCAAGAAUUCCGUGGACACUGAGAUGUAAGCUAAAAGUAUUACUGUUGGCAUACACUUGUUGGCGCCUUUUUCUCCCCCACUCCCCCCUACAAUGUUGGUCUUGAUAUGCAUUUCGCAAAGCUUUCACGGAAAAUUCACCUAAUCAAUGUAUAAGCUUUCAACAUUGAACCGGGGGGAGGGGGAAAGUUAAACAUUGCUGUUUUCCACGUAUUUAUUGGCCAAGUAUGGUAUUUUUAUUUCCGCGCGCGCUGUUCACAAUAAUUUUUGCCAGGAUUGUAACUCUAAUUGGACCUUUGGUAGUUUGAGUUAGACUAACCCCAAAUAUAAUUUUUGGUAUGUGUAAUAUUUGGGUCAUUCAAAGACGAAAUGUAAUAUAUCUUUAUAAUAAAAAAUCCCCUCUUGAUCAACUUUUUCACUGUCGAAGUUUCCGAAUAUGAUGUCAUUAGGUGAAUUUUUUAACAAAAAAAAUAAAGGAAAACUACUUUGCAAUUCGUCUAAUCGCAUCAUAUCCGCAAACUUUGACUGUGAAAAAGUUGAUGAAGAUGGGAUUUUUUAUUAUAAAGAUAUAUUACAUUUCGUCUUCGAAUGACCCAAAUAUUACACAUAACGAUGGACGAUAACGCACGCCAAUACAUGGGGAGAGUAGCCACUGAGUUCUUGGCUUAUCUUUGGAACCAGCUCAAGCGAUCUGUCAAUCGUCGAAUCACAAAAUACAGCACUCUGGCUUACUUGGCUGAUUUGGGGAAGGGGGGGGGGGGAGGACUCGUUAUCUCAUUAUAAUUUCACGUUAGUCACAUGUGAGAAGUACUAUCAGUUCACUGUUAUAACACUGGGCCAAUAAGUGAUGAUGAUGAUGGUGGUAAUUGAAAAAAUAGAGGAUGCGCAGUCAAGUUGAAACAUUAUUUGUUGAACGUUCUCUGACUUAAUAUUUAUUUCUACGAGCUUUCGGCUAUCAGUCUUUAGUAUAAACCUACUAGUAGGCUAUCACAUUUCGUGCCUUCUGAUUGGCUACGCUACUAGUAGCGGCGACGGCGACGGCGACGGCGACGGCGACGACGGCGGUGGUGAUGAUAAUGGUGUUGGUAAUGACAGUGAUGAUGGUGAUGAUGAUGAUGAUGAUGGUGAUGAUGAUGAUGAUGGUGAUGAUGAUGGUGAUGAUGAUGGUGAUGAUGAUGGUGAUGAUGAUGGUGAUGAUGGUGAUGAUGAUGGCGAUGGUGAUGGCGAUGAUGAUGGCGAUGAUGAUGAUGAUGAUGAUGACGAUGAUGGUGAUGAUGGUGAUGAUGGUGAUGAUGAUGGUGAUGAUGGUGAUGAUGGUGAUGAUGAUGAUGAUGAUGGUGAUGAUGGUGAUGAUGGUGAUGAUGAUGAUGGUGAUGAUGGUGAUGAUGAUGAUGAUGAUGAUGAUGGUGAUGGUGAUGGUGAUGGUGAUGGUGAUGGUGAUGAUGGUGAUGGUGAUGGUGAUGGUGAUGAUGAUUAAUAUUUUGGAACCAAUAUGUACCAACUACAUUGAAUCAACAGCAUUGUAAUGUUGCUUUAUUCUGAUUUUCAGGCAAAACAGUCAGGGAGUGGUGUUUCACUAACUUCAUACAGAAAAGGCAGCAAUACCGGGGCCCCUGGCAGUAAGAUUCAGAUAUCUGAUAAGGUGGAGGACAAGCCGAGCAGUAGAAUAAGCGCCUUAGCUCAGCAAGUGUUUGGCGUUCAACCUGACCAGAACCAGCAAGCAAAGUCGACAGCAGGAACACCUGUAAGUUCGAUCUAUCUAAAGUUUUUCGUUUUCUAAAUUAAUUUUUUCCUGGAUCUCUGAAGAGAACAGUUUAGAACUGAUCCAGUGUAAAUAAAGAUAGUUUAGUUUAGGUUUCCUCCUGUAGUAACACUGGAUCAAUAAAAGAUGAUCCUUACUGGACCUCUAGAGAGAACAGUUCAGAACUGAUAGAGCUACCCAGUAUCAAUAAAGUUAGUUUAGUUUAGGUUUCCUCCUGUAGUAACACUGGAUCAAUAAGAGAUGACUCUUACUGGACCUCUAGAGAGAACAGUUUAGAACUGAUAGAGCUAUCCAGUAUCAAUAAAGUUAGUUAAGUUUAGGUUUCCUCCGGCUGUAGUAAGUCUGCAUCAAUAAGAGAUGAUCCUUACUCGACCUCUAGGAAGGACAGUUUAGAACUGAUAGAAUUAUCCAGUAUAAAUAAAGUUGUAUUUUUUUCUUUUAAGAUUCGCCAUACUCGAGGAUCAUUGGGAGAUAGUGAACAUUGUCAUUUCUGCAAUGAACGUAUAUUUGUGUUUGAAAGACUCUCGGCAGAGGGAUUCUUCUUUCACCGGAAAUGUUUCAAAUGUGAGCACUGUGAACUGACACUCAGACUUGGCAAUUAUGGUUAUGUUCCUCCUGAGGAUGGACAACCAGGGAGGUUUUAUUGUAAAGCACAUUAUCGUAAAGUGUUCUACGAAACGCCUGGAAAAUCUCCACGAGAUAAGGAGAGAAAAGGUAGGAUUAUGAUACUUUGAUUGCACUGAUAGACCUCUAGGGAGAACAGUUUAGAACUGAUAGAGAUAUCCAGUAUAAAUAAAGUUAGUUUGGUGUAGGUUUCCUCCUGUAGUAACACUGAAUCAAUAAGAGAUGAUCCUUACUGGACCUCUAGGAAAACAGUUUAGAACUGAUAGAGCUAUCCAGUUUUCUUUCUGUUUCCCCUGCUCGAUUUUUAUUUUUGCUUUCCCCCCCCGGCCAUCACUUUUCUAAUGGUCCGCCCCUAAAUCGUACCAAUUAAUACGGGAAAGGCAAUUACGAAGAUUAGAUACAUUUCUUUCACUUUUGUUACGAUAUUCAAUAUAUGAUGCUUCAUCACCCUCUACAGCCAUCUCGCACGACAUACUAAAAAUAGGUAAGUGGUCUGAUAUAUCUGCCAGAAUUGAACCACUGAAAGAAUAAUUUUCAAGGUCGUUAGUGAAUAUGUUCUCAAUCAAAGUAGCGGAAUGCGAUGUAAUUCUAGUCGGCAGAGUUAUUAGCGGAAAGAGCAUAUUUGCGUACAUAAUAUCUAGAAAUUCAUUAGUAAAUUGAUGAAAAUGCUGAUUCAACAAGUUUAGGUUAAAAUCACCCAUUAUAUAAGAAGUCUUAUUUUCUCUUGAUAUUUUACCAUUAAUAGAUUCAAAUUAGAAAUAAAAUCAGCUACGUUUUGACUGGGCGGUCUGUACAUAUAUCUGUACAUCACACUGAUUAACAAACAACAAUUCAGCAAUAUCUUUGUCUUCAAAACAUAAGUCAUCACGGUCAUAGAUCUUAUAUUCAUACUCACAGGCGAUGUACAAACAACCCCUCCACCGUUUUUUUUCAGAACGGUGAUAAUUGUGUACAAAACUGUAUCCAAUGAUGUCGGCAAAGUGAGUUGAAUCCUGAAGCCAAGUUCCAGAAAUACCUAUGACAGAAAACCUAUUGUUUAUAUUUGCAAGUAAUUGUUCUAAGCGAUUCAAAUUGCGACCUGAACUGCGUGUGUUCAAAUGCAUAAGAGAUAAGCAAUUUGCAUUGAGGCUAUUACACAGCACAGCAUUUAAACUACAUUCAGUAUAAAAGUCGCAAUUCAAAACGUUACCCGUCAAAUUAGAGUCUGGAUCUACAUUCCGUGAAUAUAGCAGAUAGCUGUUGACUAUUAUAAUUCAAAGGAUUUAACUUUAAGUUAAAUAAUCUUACGGAUUCAAAAUUCACUCGACCAUGCGACAUCUCAUACAAAACUAAUUGGAAAUUUUCAUCAUCAAGAGUACUAGAAGCAAAUUAAAAUGCGUGAUUAAUAGAAUCGAAAGUUAUUAAAAUAAAUAAUUCAUAAUCAGCAGACAGUCUUUAAGAAUAAGGUUCAUAAUGGGUUUUAAAAUCCACAAACUCUUGUAAAGAAUAAAAAAACAUAGGCUGAUUGAUUUUCAUCAUGUUUUAAGAAAACUCUCCAUUCCUAGUCCAAAUGAAUUUAAAGCGACGCUCAUGAGUACGGAAUUUCUUAGCUUCGAUAAAUACUGCCCGAGUCUGAGCGGUUAAACUCUCAUAAACAUAGAUUUGAUUUGAUUCGGAUAAGCCAAGGUGGCGGGUAGAUUUAGAGCUAAGGUUUCGCCGAUUCAUAUAUAUCAUAUCACGUACGUCCCUGCGAACAAAUAUUACAAUAAUGGCCGGUGGUAAAUUUCCUCGUGCAGAACGUAGAUGAUGACUCACAUAUACGAUAGACUCAUCAAAAUUGCUCUCAGGCUUUGCUAGUUGGACAACUUUUAGGACAGUAGUAUUAGUGUUUUCUCCACUAACAACAGGAAUUCCCUGAAUUUCCAAGGUGUCUCUUCGCGAGUAUCGGCGUAGAUUUUCAAUAUUUGUCAAGCUACUAAAUCUCGCUGAAGCGUAGCCAUAUCGACUACAUCUUUUCCGCUAUUUUCGACUAUGGCAGUAGAUUCUUCCGUUAAAUCAUGUUUUCAAAAUAAAGCCUUCUUCUUCGGAGGCAUUGUAUAUAGUGAACAACUAAGUUAUAUUCAAUUCUAUGUACAUUCAGAUCACAUAGAACGAAGCGAAUAUACGGAGCACAAAAAAUGUACGUCUGUUUUCGGCGACUACACAGAACAUCAUCAAUAAGAGAUGAUCCUUACUGGACCUCUAAGGAGAACAGUUUAGAACUGAUAGAGCUAUCCGGUAUAAAUAAAGUUAGUUUAGUUUAGGUUUCCUCCUGUAGUAACACUGGAUCAAUAAGAGAUGAUCCUUAAUGGACCUCAAGGAAGAACAGUUUGGAACUGAUAGAGCUAUCCAGUAUAAAUAAAGUUAGUUUAGUUUAGGGUUCCUCCUGUAGUAACACUGGAUCAAUAAGAGAUGAUCCUUAAUGGACCUCAAGGAAGAACAGUUUGGAACUGAUAGAGCUAUCCAGUAUAAAUAAAGUUAGUUUAGUUUAGGUUUCCUCCUGUAGUAACACUGGAUCAAUAAGAGAUGAUCCUUAAUGGACCUCAAGGAAGAACAGUUUAGAACUGAUAGAGCUAUCCAGUAUAAAUAAAGUUAGUUUAGUUUAGGUUUGACGUUCACGUCCUCGAUCUAAAUCUAUCGAAUGACUUAGUACCCUAACAAUACUCCUAACCCUAACUCUAUUCGAUUGUGAAUUUUAUUCAAUUUCGUCUUUUUUUACAUCACUCGGACGUUUGACUCGGACUCCGAAUUGACUUGGAUUGGGAUUUGACUUGGUAAAUGGAUUUACUCAGCUAUCGAGUAUGAAGUUAGUUUAGUUUAGGUUUCCUCCUGUAGUAACACUGGAUCAAUAAGAGAUGUCCCUUACUGGAACUUUAGGUAGAAAGGUUUAGAACUGAUAGAGCUAUCCAGUGUCAAUGAAGUUGGUUUCAUGUCUUUAGACUUAACCUUCACUUACGUUUUUGUUUUCACCAGAUGACACGUUACCCUCUGUCUACCAAGCACGGCGGUCUCACUCUAUUGGAAACAUCGAUAUGAGCAUGCAACAACAGAUUGAAAAACCGAUCGACUUCGAGACAACGGAAGUGCAGUCACCCCCCCGGAAGGUGCUUAAAGUUCCCAAGAACUUGAGGGAAGAAAUAAACGCCCGUAGUCCCCCCCGGACAAGUACUCUAUCCAGUGAACACAAUGUGUCAGUGUCGCCAUUUGAGAUCAUCUCACUGAGCGAGAUAUCUGGGGAAGAAAAAUCGGAAGAGGUAGAAGUAUGGCCAGAUUAUUUAAAGGGAAUGAGAAUUAAAAUUAAGUUUACCCUGCAUUGUGGAGUAAUUUCUACCCCAAAAUCAAUUACUCCUUUCAAGAGAGUAAUUCUUGACCUUCCAAAGGGUAAUUUUUACUCCCUGAAAUUUACAGUGUGAUUCAAUAUAGAUCUCAAUGUAAAUUAGCCAACCAUAUUACUUUAUUUUGCUCACGUGAUAAUACUGGAUACUUGCAUGAUGAAGUAUAUUGAUCUAGUCCUAGGACUGGAUGAAAAUUAAUUUAGUCCUUGGACUGGUUCAAAAUUAAUUAAGUAUAGUGAUUUAUUCGUAUGAGAUGUCAUUUCAAAUCCUCCAAUUGGGACUAGAUUUCAAGUCCUCGCAUUUCAUUGAACUAUAAAUAAACUGGAAGGCUAACUGCUAUGAUGAAGGCCUAUGAUUUCAUGAAGCCAAAAUAGUUUUUCUGAGUUAUGAGCAGAAAUACUUGACCCCAAACGUCGGCCUAUAUAUCAAAUUGAAGCUAUUGAAAAUUGCUAUUCGGUGUGGAAAUUUCAAGACUUCAGCGAAAAGAAAAAUAUUUAAAAAAUACAAAAACAACUGCAAAACGGCAAAUUAUCGGCAAUUAUUUUUGUAUUUUUUUCAAUAUUUCCCUUUUAUAGCUGAAGUCUUGAAAUUUCUACACCAAAUAGCGUUUUUCAAUAGCUUCAAUUUGAUAUAUAGCCCAACGUUCAGUGUUGAGUAUUUCUGCUCAUAACUCAGAAAAACUAAAAUGCACUGGCUUCAAUUCCCCCCCCCUCCCCCUCCCCCUGAGUUAGCCUUCCAGUUUAUUUAUAGUUCAAUGUUGCAUUUUGAUCCAGUCCUCGACUUGAAAUCUAGUCCAGUCUUCAUAGUCGGAUUUGAAAAAAGUGACGGCGUUUGUGUUGACACGAAGCCGUCAAGCGCUCCAUUUUCAUCUCGCUUCGUUGCUCAAAUUGGUACGGCAGAAGUGACGUCUUUAAACAAUUUCGCUCCGGCGUAGUUGGAUGAUUUCAGCUCUAGACUAAAUUUUGAUCUCGGCAAGAAGAACAAAAUCCAUCACCACAGCUAGAAAGAGCAUGUUAAAAUUAGUAAGAUUCGGCAAAGUUUGGCCGCGAAAUGUUGUAAAAUGAGGAAAAUAUAGCACUGUGAAGUUCGCAAAUUUUGUAUUAAUUUGUAUUACACAAGGGAAUUCCCGUGCAUAAUACAAAUUCCCGUGCGUAAUACAAAUUAAUACAAAAUUUGCAAAUUUCGUAGGGCCAUAUUUUCCUCAUUUUACAACAUUUCGCAACGAAACUUUGCAGUUUUACUAAUUUUAACAUGCUUUUUCUUGCUGUGGUGAUGGAUUUUGUUCUUCUUGCCUAGAUCAAAAUUUAGUCUAUAGCUGCAAUCAACCAUUAUGACUUUUCUGCGCCGUUUUCAAACCGUUCCGGCGUAGCGCGAACUUAAUGUUAACAGGGCUUGUUUAUGGUUGUAGGUUGAAAAAGGGUCUGAAAAGGCCGGAAAGCAGCGGGUAUCGCCCAUGACUCGAGGGAGUGCGAAUCGUAAGGCGGUUAAUCACAAGUAUUCGAAACUCGAGGCCAGACCUGUACGUCGUUCCAGUAUCAGCGCAGCCCGCAAGUCAGAUAAAGGCACGAGGAGACUGUUUCUUCACAAGCGGAAACCCGAUGAGAAGAAAGAAGCAAAGAAAGGGACUGGUGCCGAGAUUGUUAGCCCGCCUGAACCACCUCCGAAACCACCGCGGGCUCAUGAAGUGGCUGAUAACGUUCCUGCUGUCGAGGAGAGCGGAAAAGGUAUGAAAUUAUGGCAUUUCCAACAUAGGGAUUUGUAGAUGGCAGCAGUGAGCAGCAGUGUUUUAUCAAAUAUAUAAUACGAGGCGAAGCCGAGUAUCUUUAGGGCUGAUAAAACACGCGCACUGCGAAUGUUUAAAAUUGCUUCAAAAACGAUCGAUCUAGUAAGUUCAUUGGCGAAGUAGUUUUCAAAAGAAAAUCAAAGUUAAAGUUUAUGUAAAUCAAGGGAAAUCUUAGCCCGCGUGCAGGCCCAAGGGAAUUGAUAGUGCGCCUGCAAGCAAGGCCCGGUAUUUUGUAAAACGCCCCUUUUCAUAACACGCCCUAUUCGCGCGUCAAUUGUCAAAAAAGAACCAAUGACAGCACCCAAAUAUUAACAAACAAACUCGCAUUAAAAUGUUGCGGGGUUUUCUCUGCUUAUUCAGAACAUAAACAAUGUGUAAAUCGCUGCGUUUUAACUCCAAAAAAGCAAGCAACGCAGUCAGUAAUUGCCAAAUUUGUAAGUGCUCAUUUUCAACUAAAAUCGGAACAGGCAAAUUAGGACGAAUUUCAACAGAAAACCAGUCUCAAACUUCAAAUCGUGAGGGAAGUCGUGCGACCACAUUAGCAUUUAUAAUGUGUGCUUCGCUGUCGCCAUUGUUAUAAAUAAAUUGUCUCACUUAUCAGAUCGUGUGUGCAAUUCUUGUUGGCGGCGGAAAGUACGAAAUUUAUUUCAGUUAUUUCAUUUGGUAAAGAACUCUACAAAAGAAGAGAGCGUUCAGAGUCGAGAUCGUUUCGUUUCAAACGGCAAUUUAAUACCGUCAUCUGUUUCGCUCUCUCAGCGAAGCCUUGUAAAUCGCAAAGUGUUUCGAAAGGCUUACAUGCAACUGCAUCUCAACACCUACCAAAAGAUCAUUUUCUUGAGGAACAUAUAACGUAUCAAGUCUGUUUGAAAUUAAUGAAACUCAAGUGUAAAGGUUACUAUAGUUUACUCCAGUCGUAAUGUUGCUAUUCCAACACCUCACGACAAGCAAUCCCCAUUGGCAUAACGGCAAAAACAUCUCUUCCUUCAAGUAAACAAUAAACAGUCUGUUCUUGUUCCAUCUGUAAUCGAAAAAAGUGAUCAAUUUUCGAAUUUUAAGCUUAUCGAGAGUUUAUCGAGAGCCUUUGUGAUGAAUUACUGACCUAAUUAUAGAAUCCAACCGCAAACAGCCAAUCAGAAUGCCGCGUUCGUGGGCGAACGCGGAAAGUACAAAAUACCGGGCCUUGCUUGCAGGCCCACUAUCAGUUCUCUUGGGCCUGCACAUAUACUGUCAUUUGUUAGAUAAUUUGCGCAUAAUUUAUAUAAAUUAUUUACCCCACCUCCAGGGCUUUCAGAGUAGGUGUCUGUUUCGAUAAAGUAGGCGGCUGUUGGGAGGGGGCGGUCUACAUGGUGUCUGAAAAACGCUAUGGAAAUUCAACAGGCUGUCGUGCAUCAUAAACGUGGCUAACAAUUCAAUUUUUACAUAAGACGAAAGGACAGUUAUUUAGCUUUUCAAUGAUACUCUUUUUAAAUUGUAACGAUGAGAAAUGGCCACAUACUCGUCAAAUAAAAAUUGCCGGUCGAAAUCACAUUCUUCCACCGUUUAGAAUUACAUGGAAAACGAAACAUAGACAAUUCUCACGAGUCAAUUAAGAUCAGUUAUCUUAUCUGAAAAUGAGCUCAACUCGUCGAUCUUCGUCUUAGUGAGACAAUCUAGAGAGUCUUAAAAGUCAUCCAAAUUAACUAGUGCGUGUAUAUUGCUUAGAUAGCAACACAACUGAGCUCUGUAACCAAAGUAUAAUGUAUCACUAGUUUCAUUCUUCAACAACUGAUGACUUCAAGAUUUAAGCAAAUAAAUAAUCGGUUUUAAGAAAAAGUACGUCGUUUUCGAAAACAACCAGGCUAUAAAGUGGACCAGGUUGAUGAAAAAUAACUUGAAAGCUUAGAGUGGAGGAAGGAGAGCAGAAUUGAUAUUUCAAGUACAAAACAAAGUAACCGGCGGUGAACCUUGUGGCACCUGCCGGAGCUCCGGCGGCGGCCGGCUUAUUUUGAAAGCCCUGCCACCUCCCAAAAUGAGUCGCCUUUUCCUUAGGAAAAUAAGAAACUAUUUAAGAACCUUUUUAGCCUAAUUUCCUGGUAAGCACCAUUUUAAUACAUACGAACCUGUUUAUAGGCUAACUUGGAAAAAUCUAGCUUCUUAUAUGCGGGAUUUUACUGUAUCUGAAAAGAUUGACACUUGAAGGGUUCCAGCUAAGGUGGACGGUUAGCAAGUUAACAGCUUACUACAUGAAAAUCUCGACCAAACGCCUUCGCUCUCAUUGACAGGAUAGAUUGUUGACAAUACUCUCAUUCACUUUCAUUCUAACCAAGGCUUUUUAUGUAUAUUUUUCCAGGAAAACGUCGCAGAAAUUCAAAGCGGGCAAUGUACCCUGAAUCAAUGGCCUUUUCCGAUUCAUUCUUGAUUACAAAAGCAGUCGAUAUUUCGCUGGAUGAUAACGUCAGCCCUGCUGGUGACCAUGGCAACGUGACGAAUGACUUGCGAGCGUGUCUCGGCGAAGCAACUCCGAAACGUGUUGGUCGUCAAUCGUCGUCUGCAGGAAAAAGACGAGAUGCGGACCCAAAGAAACAUUGGUCGGAGUAUUAUAGAGCCGCUAUGACGACUGACGACUCCGUUGAUGAAGGUAUGGAGAACACUUUUGUCAAUAAUUCAAAACUAUGCUAUACUAUAUGCUAUAUUUAUACUGGAUAGCUCUGUCAGUUCUAAACCUUUCAUACCUAAAGUUCCAGUAAGGAUACUAAGGAUAAUCUCUUAUUGAUCCAGUGUUACUACAGGAGGAAACCUAAACUAAACUAACUUUAUUUAUACUGGAUAGCUCUAUCAGUUCUAAACCUUUCAUACCUAAAGUUCCAGUAAGGAUACUAAGGAUAAUCUCUUAUUGAUCCAGUGUUAUUACAGGAGGAAACCUAAACUAAACUAACGUUAUACUGGAUAGCUCUAUCAGUUCUAAACCUUUCAUACCUAAAGUUCCAGUAAGGAUACUAAGGAUAAUCUCUUAUUGAUCCAGUGUUAAUACAGGAGGAAACCUAAACUAAACUAACUUUAUUGAAAUCGGAUAACUCUAUCAGUCCUAAACUGUUCUUCCUGGAGGUCCAGUAAGGAUCAUUGAGAACAGUUCAGAACUGAUAGAGCUAUGCAGUAUAAAUAAAGUUAAUUUGGUUAAGUUUUCUCCUGCAGUAACACUGCAUCAAUAAGUGAUGAUCCUCCCUGGACUUCUAGGAAGAACUGUUUAGAAUAGAUAGAGUUAUCCAGUAUUAAUAAAGUUAAUUUAGUUUAGUUUAGUUUAGGUUUCCUCCUGUAGUAACACUGGAUCAAUAAGAGAUGAUCCUUACUGGACCUCUAGGAAAAACAGUUUAGAAAAACUGAUAGAGCUAUCCAGUAGAAAUAAAGUUAGUUUAGUUUAGGUUUCCUCCUGUACUUGAGGCUCAAAUAAUAUUUCCUUUAUCUAGACACCAGGCCAACAUCGCAACCCGAGCCACUUGGACCAAUCGAGGUCCCACCCGAACCUUCCCCUCAAGAGCUACAAGUACCCCUACCUACCCUUCAUGAAGACCGCGAGAUGUCCCCAACCUCCCCCAAGAAACAUAGAUGGCCCAACAUAUUCGGCGGACAUCACAAGAAAGACAAGAAGGGCAAGGAUGAGAAGAAACGGUUGAAAGAGGAACAUAAGAAGGAAAAGAAAGAGAAAAGACGACGGAAGAAGGGAAAGAAAGGCCAAGAAGGUGAUCAGAAAGAUGUCGAUUCACCCGAUGCUGUGCUGAGUGAAACUGGUGAGUGGAGAUGUGUCUCUCACUACACGAUCAUGCCGUAGAUGCUGGUCAACAUGUAGUUAUCAGAGUGAGAAAAUGAAGUUGAUUCUUUUCAUUCUAUCUAGUUGUAUUGUAUUUGAGGUCGAAUAGAUAGAAUUGAGAUAUGUAGUUUAAUUUUAACUGAUAGAGCUAUCCAGUAUAAAUAAAGUUGUUUAGUUUAGGUUUCCUCCUGUAGUAACACUGGAUCAAUAAGAUGUGAUCCUUACUGGACCUCUAGGAAGAACAGUUUAGAACUGAUAGAGCUAUCCAGUAUAAAUAAAGUUAGAUUAGUUUAGGUUUCCUCCUGUAGUAACACUGGAUCAAUAAGAGAUGAUCCUUACUGGACCUUUAUAGGGAGAACAGUUUAGAACUGAUGGAGCCAUCCAGUAUAAAUAAAGUUAGAUUAGUUUAGGUUUCCUCCUGUAGUAACACUGGAUCAAUAAGAGAUGAUCCUUACUGGACCUUUCUAGGGAGAACAGUUUAGAACUUAUAGAGCUAUCCGGUAUAAAUGAAGUUAGUUCAUUCUAUCUAGUUGUAUUGUAUUUGAGGCCGAAUAGAUAGAAUUGAGAUAUGUAGUUUAAUUUUAACUGAUAGAGCUAUCCAGUAUAAAUAAAGUUAGUUUAGUUUAGGUUUCCUCCCGUAGUAACACUGGAUCAAUAAGAGAUGAUCCUUACUGUACCUUUAUUGGGAGAACAGUUUAGAACUGAUAGAGCUAUCCAGUAGAUGAUCCUUACUGGACCUUUAUAUGGAGAACAGUUUAGAACUGAUAGAGCUAUCCAGUAUAAAUAAAGUUAGAUUAGUUUAGGUUCCUCCUGUAGUAACACUGGAUCAAUAAGAGAUGACUUUUACUUGACCUCUAGGAAGAACAGUUUAGAACUGAUAGAGCUAUCCAGUAUAAAUAAAGUUAGUUUAGUUUAGGUUUCCUCCUUUAGUAACACUGGAUCAAUAAGAGAUGACUUUUACUUGACCUCUAGGAAGAACAGUUUAGAACUGAUAGAGCUAUCCAGUAUAAAUAAAGUUAGUCUAGUUUAGGUUUUCUCCUUAGGGAGAACAUUUUAGGUCUAUUCUUGAAAUAAAACACUGAACGAAGUGUGAAAUGUAUUUGAAAUUAUUUAGAUGAACCGUUAUCGCCAGAGCAGUCUGAUGUGGGUUCACCUGACAGUUAUUACGAUUCAAGCGAGGAGGAAGACCUUCCUGAAGCUAUUCGUCUUGCGAGAGCUCGAGAAAAACGAUUCCAGGUGUGUAUGCAUGUAGUUGCUCACUCUUGUUCUUGCGCUGACUUUAGGGAGCUUAAAAUGUGACUAACCCCAAAUAUAAUUUUUGGUAUGUAUCAUAUAAUACUUUGGUUAGCCUCCUCCGCAGACAUCUCGUGGUUCACUUACUUUCAAUGUUUUUGCCUGCAGGCUUAUUUUGCCCGCCAAUCUAAAGGCGAUACCUGCGGAGGAGGCUAUACUUGGGUCAUUCUGAGAAGAAAUGUAAUAUAUCUUUAUAGUAAAAAACCUCAUCUUGAUGAACCUUUUCACUGUCAAAGUUUCCGGAUAUGAUGUUAUUAGGUGAAUUUUCGGUACGAAAAACAAAUGGAAACUAAUUUGCAAUUCAUCUAAUGACAUCAUAUCCGCAAACUUUGGCAGUGAAAAAGUUGAUUAAGAUGGGAUUUUUUAUUGUAAAGAUAUAUUACAUUUGUUCUUCGAAUGACCCAAAUAUUACACAUACCAAAAAAGAGUGUAUUUGUGGUUGUGGCAAGUGACUUUUUGUCAACAGGGACGUCAGAUUAGUUAGCUCAGGGCGUAGUAAAACACGUGUUUUACUACGCCCUGGCAGGGCGCUAUAUGGCUAUAUGACCUAUAUGUCAUGUUUGUAUACAUGCAUAUCUAUUGCGUGGUUGAAUCACAAUGCAUGGCAUUUAAACUAGGUAAAAAAUUUCUGAGCGAAAACAUGUUUAACUUAGUACAGUGAGGUAUAGUACAGUGAUUACAGAAAAUGUAAAUUCACCAUGAUUGUCAUUGCUGACCAUGGCGAAAAAGAAUUGUGCUAUUUUUCGAAGCCUAUAUUUGCAUGUACUUUAUAAGGAAGACAUAUGCGGCAAACAUGGCUGUAUAUAGAAUACUGGAGAAAGACAAUCAAACGUGCUUGGGGUACUUUUCACAUCUGGGAAAAUGGAGGGAUUAUUCUUAUUGGAUCUCUUGGGAGAGCAGCAUGUGUUUUAUAGCGCCCUGGCCCUGGUUAGCUAGAAAGCUUAAUAUGUACACGCUGACCCCGUCAACCGAAGCUCAUUUACGAAAAUACUUAUGUUUUAAAGGAUGGAAUAUUUAAAUUAUUUACAUAAUAAUAACGUUGUUAGACUAUUUACAGGUACUCAAUUUACUUUCUAUUCAUUUAUGCGAGCAGCGAUUUUAUUUUGAAAGGAAGCUAAGAAAGAGAUCUGCUCUCCCUAAUUUCUUUGUAAUAUGUAAUAUGGAUUAACUGGAUUAAAAACUGUAUUUGUAUCACUUUGUGGAUUUUGUGGUUGUUUAAGGAUUUUCUUCCUUAAUCUCCGGACCUAAAUCCUAUUGAAAAUUUAUGGGAUCAUUUGAAAAGAGAGAAAGUGAAACAUAAUCCCACAAAUAAAGACAACCUAUGGGAUGUCUUUAAUCAAUGCUGAAAUAACCUUAAACCAGAAGUACUUAGAAAACUUGUUGAAUCUAUACAAGAAAGAGUUAAAGCUGUUUUCAAGAGUUAAAGGAGGUCACGCAAUAUAUAAAAAAAGUUCACUUGGCUAAUAUAAUAUAAUCAAUUCCAACGUCGAUGUAAGUCCUAAUUUGAUGCACAUAUAGUGCUGUGUUGUGUGGAAAUAUAUUGUAUAUCAAUAAAAGGCAAAAGCAUAUUGACUCAGGCUUUUAACCCCCACUGUGUCAAUAGUUAGUAAAUACAGAACUGCUUUUCAAAGGGCCGUGUAACUACUCAAAAUUUCUGUAACUAAAUAUAACUGUAUAUCAAAUAACAAAAGUUGACAUGGUACACUGCCUACACAGUAACGCAUUGUGUCAUUAUUUUUAUACUUAUUACUUUGAGAGUUCCAGAUUUUGGCAGCAGCAGAACUAAACGAUCGUUUUAUUGAACUAGUUUUUGGUUCUGAUAAUUUCAGCACCAAGUUGGUUCUCCUGAGAUUAUGAUUUUCGUUAUAGGAAACCCGAAACAUUUCAGUUAUCUCUCCUUCGUUAUUUUCAUCUCUGAGUACUCCGCUAACCUUGAUCCUCACUAGAGUCUAAACCUCUAAACCUUCAGUGUGGGUUUGCUCUUGUACUAACAGUCUAUCAUUCUGUUUCAGCUUGCAGAGAAGGAGAGAGAUGCGAUGCGACAGAAGAAGAACCAGGAGUAUUACAUUAAGUUGGAAAUGAGAGAACGACAGCGCAAGAGAUUGAGAAUAGCUCAGUCCAUACAGAGAGAACUGGGAGAGUGUGAAGUGAGACAGAUGGAGUUGGAGAAACUUGGGAUUAUAGUGGAGAAGAAGAUGGCACAGGUGGGAUCUGGUAAGUGAAUAAUUUCACCAUUAUUAUCAUCACCAUCACUACUACCAGCAUGACCACCUACCUUAUCACUACCAUCAUCAUUACCAUAAUCACUAUCAUCAUCACUACCACCAUGAUACCAGCACCAUCAUCAUUUCCAUCAUCACCACCACCAUCAUGAUCACCAUCACUACCACCAUCAGGCACCAUGAACCACAUCAUCAUCACAAUCACUACUACAGUGACCACCAUCACUACCACCAUCAUCAUUACCAUCAUCAUCAUGAUCACCAUUACUACCACCAUCACUACCACCAUCACUACCACCAUUACCAUCAUCAUCAUGAUCACCAUUACUACCACCAUCACUACCACCAUCACUACCACCAUUACCAUCAUCAUCAUGAUCACCAUUACUACCACCAUGACCACCUCAUCACCACAAUUACUACCACCAUGAUCAUGUCCACCAUCAUCACCAUCAUCAUGAUCACCUUAUCACCACCAUCACUACCACCAUGAUUAUGUCCACCAUCAUCACCAUCAUCAUGAUCACCUCAUCACCACCAUCACUACCACCGUGAUCAUGUCCACCAUCAUCAACCAUCACUACCACCAUGACUACAACCAUGACCACCUCAUCACCACCAUCACUACCACCAUAACUACAACCAUGACCCAUCAUCACCUCCAUCACUACCACCAUGACUACAACCAUGACCCAUCAUCACCUCCAUCAUCCUCGUUUAAAUGUACUGACUUCGGCAAAAGAACAUUUCUUUAUAGUGCUUCCAUUCUUUUUAAUGCCCUAGACAGUGAAUGCAAACAACUUGCCAUUUCAUCUUCAUCCUCUUCAGUUGCUUUAAUCUCGAUGAAUAACUAAUACCAAACACAAACUUCGUAAAAUCUUUCUUACUAAGCUUAACCUUACUAACCAUCUCGAAGACCUGUUUUGUAAAAAUUGAAAAUAUUUACUAAAUUGUGAUUGUAUUCAUUUACUAUUAUUUAUGUGAAUAUUGUAAGUUGUAACAUUGUGAGGGCCGUUUGUUAGCUACUAUGGUUAAUAAGUUUCUCUCGUGAAAGAAAGUUCUUACUGUGAAAGAAAGUUCUUACUUUCUUCACCAUCACCACCAUGACCAUCAUUACCACCACCAUGACCAUCAUCACCACCACCAUGACCAUCAUUACCACCACCAUGACCAUCAUCACCACCACCAUGACAAUCAUCACCACCAUCAUGACCAUCAUCACCACCAAGACCAUCAUUACCACCACCAUGACCAUCAUUACCACCACCAUGACCAUCACCACCACCAAGACCAUCAUUACCACCACCAUGACCAUCAUUACCACCACCAUGACCAUCAUCACCACCAUCAUCACUACCACCACCAUCAUAAUCACGAUCAUUACUACGACUUCCAGCAUGACCACUAUCGUAUUGCCAUGACCAUCAUCACCACCAUUAUCCAUUAUCAUCACCACAAUCACCAUUAUCACUAUCACCAUGACCACUAUCAUCAUCAUCAUGACCAUCAUCAUCACCACUUCCACCAUGACCACCAUCAUCACCAUCAUGACCAUCACCACUUCCACCAUGACCACCAUCAUCACCAUCAUCAUCACCACUUCCACCAUGACCACCAUCAUCACCAUCAUGACCAUCACCAUCACCACUUCCACCAUGACCACCAUCAUCACCAUCAUGACCAUCAUGACCAUCACCACUUCCACCAUGACCACCAUCAUCACCACCAUCAUCACCAUCAUGACCAUCAUCAUCAUCACCACUUCCACCAUGACCACCAUCAUGACCAUCAUGACCAUCAUCACCACUUCCACCAUUAUCAUCACCACUUCCACCAUCAUCAUCAUCACCAUCAUGACCAUCAUCAUCACCACUUCCACCAUGACCACCAUCAUCAUCAUCACCAUCACCAUCAUGACCAUCAUCAUCAUCACCACUUCCACCAUGACCACCAUCAUGACCAUCAUGACCAUCAUGACCAUCAUCACCACUUCCACCAUCAUCAUCAUCACCACUUCCACCAUCAUCAUCAUCACCAUCAUGACCAUCAUCAUCAUCACCACUUCCACCAUGACCACCAUCAUGACCAUCAUGGCCAUCAUCACCACUUCCACCAUCAUCAUCAUCACCACUUCCACCAUCAUCAUCACCAUCAUGACCAUCAUCAUCAUCACCACUUCCACCAUCAUCAUCAUCACCACUUCCACCAUGAUCACCAUGAUCACCAUCAUCAUAUUUUUUCUAUUAAGGUAACCCGAACGAAGAACACAAACUGGUCUCGGAAUGGUUCGACCUGGUCAAUCGAAAGAACACUUUAAUCAGAUAUGAAUCAGAGCUCGUCAUUAGGUCAGUUUCUAUUUUAUUUAUUUCUGCUGUAUUUGCGUAUCAUUUGUGGAUAUUUUUGCUUGUUUAGCCAAAGCCGAAACAGCGACAAAAUUCUUGAUAAUCUACUGUUCACGAUUUUCUAUCAUAUCACCAUGUUUUUCCUUUGAAAUUCCAGUAUCUCCUCAUGCCAUCCAGUCAUGAUCCAUUGAUCAGAAUGUUCCAUUGUCUUUUCAUUGUUUUGAAAAUCCCACUGUUCUCCAUGCCAUCCAGUCAUGAUCCAGUGCUCAGAAUGUUCCAUUGUCUUUUCAUUCUUUUGAAAAUCCCACUGUUUUCCAUGUCAUCCAGUCAUGAUCCAGUGAUCAAAAUGUUCCAUUGUCUUUUCAUUGUUUUGAAAAUCCCACUGUUCUCCAUGUCAUCCAGUCGUAAUCCAUUGAUCAGAAUGUUCAUUGUCUUUUCAUUGUUUUGAAAAUCCCAUAUUCUCCAUGUCAUCCAGUCAUAAUCCA